AUGGUUGAGAUCUCUGACAUUCCCGUCGACGACGGGGUUAACGGCGGAGCUUCAACCAAGAAACCGCAAGAAGCCAAAACAUCGACUUCUUUGGAAUCACUACCCAUCGAUCUCCUCGAACAAAUCGUCGCAAGAGUUCCAAGAAGUGACCACCCAGCCGUAUCAGUCCUCUCCACAACCUUCCGUCGUCUCAUCGCUUCACCGGGCUUCCGCCACAUGCGGUCGCAACUCGCCAUCACCGAACACGUUCUUUACGCCUUGGUCGGGUUCCCUCCACGUCUCCCACGCUGGUACAUUCUCUAUCGAAACAGGCUCCGCAGAGUCAUUACACUCCCUCCCAUGCCUUACGGCGCCGCCGUCGUCACCAUCGGACACGAGAUAUACGUCAUCGGUGGAAGCAACAACGAGAGAAGUUACUUACCGAACGUGACUCUCGUGGACUGCAGAACUCACACGUAUCGGCCUCUCCCUAGCAUGAGAGUCGCUAGAUACCGCGCAGCCGCGGGGGUGGUAGAUGGAAAGAUCUACGUAAUCGGAGGUUGCAGGAAGCGAUCUGAAAGAGAUUGGGUUGAAUGGUUUGACCCUGAGAGACAGGUAUGGCUCGCAAGGAAAGAGAAUCUAUUUUAUGCGUGUAAAGAGUUCGUGACAUAUGAUGUUGUUAAAGAGAAGAUCUAUGGAUUGGGUGAGGAUCAUUAUGAGUGCUUGAACGUUUACGAUCCUAGAGAAUGUACACUACAACCAGGGCUUGGUGAAAGUGAGUUAAGGGGUUUUUUGCAUGCGUCUUCAUGUGUGGUUGAUGAUAUGUUGUGUACUAUUGAUGUUGGGUGUAUGGUUGGACAUCCAAUCAUCGUGUAUGAUGGAGAGGAUCCUGGGUCGGGUGUUUGGAAACCUGUGAGAGGUGUGUAUGGUUUGCCUCCUUGUCUUUAUUGGUAUGCGUAUGAGUCUAAGAUGGCGAAUGUUGGUGGGAGGAAGCUGGUGAUUUUGGUCGGUAGUCAGAGCCAGUUGUGGAAUUAUUACGGGGACAAGUAUAUUUGGUGCGUGGAGAUUGCUUUGGAGAGAAGUCAAGAAGAUGGUGAGAUCAGGGGGAGAGUUGAAUCAGUCGAGGUUGUGUUUAAAACCACCAACACCACGCCUACCAUUGAGCUUUGUCGAGCUGUUUGCGUUUGA